CAUUGCUAGCCGAUAUCAUCUAUCCAGCAAUAAUAUGUAUUAGUAGAAUGAUCUGUACUACUGUGCCCCAACAUGACAAGCAGAUAGUCAUCUGGACUCCUUGGAACGACAGCCAACGGAAAAACGAGGGUGCACAAAGGCGGGCAGACCGGUGUGACCUCGACGAGAUUCAUGCCCCUACGAAGUUUCCAUUCACCCUUCGUCCCGCGGAAGUGAGUGAUCGGAGGCUCUUCUUGGAUCAAUAGACACGUUCGUAAUCGCGUGAGGCAACGGGGUUCGAGACACCUAUCCCGUGUUAGAAAGGAGUUUCGCGAAGUUUCGCGACGAUCCUACGCCCUCAGAUUUCAUCUGUCCGCCUCGUCGAGUUGUGUCGUUCAGGAGUCGCGUCUAUGUUUUGGUCCUGCUGCUUGCCCAGAUACGUGUCUUCUCUUCUGUUGAACAGAAGUUGCUGUGCUGCCUCCCGAUCAGGGCGGAUCACUUGAACGACUUCAUGUAAGACCUUGUGGUGCACAAUCGUACGUUGACCAGUCACGCCCAUCGCAAACGCAGAAACAGGACGGGGGCUUCCAUCCGUGACUCAAAUGAUCGAACGCCAGGAAAACGACCGCCUCAGGUCAAAUGGAAACAACUACGCAAAGAAGGGCGCGACAAGUCAUAUAGAAUGUCCGCCGCCGCGCAACGGAAAGCAGGAACAACGCGAACCGCCCAAGAUCUGGAAUUCGAGGCCAAAGCAGCUCGAUUCGGACUUUUACCGCUCCAAGAGUUCUCGGUCGCGUCGCAAGCGCGAUCGGAGUCGUAAGCCCAGCGUGGAUGCCGGCUCCAUGGCGUCAGCAGAGAAUGAGGUACAGACCAGCAACACCAGUAUGUCUGAAGGGCACCAGGAGCCACCAUCAGAUGAUGGAGCCCUCGAGCAAGAUAAGCUUUCUCUCAGUGGGCGAUUUGGGUGUAGGGAUCACGUGGAUGACAACCCAACUACGCCAGAUCUCUCAGCCCAACCAACCACUUCAGGUUCAAUAUUAAAUGAAGAUUCAGGGGCCGUCACUCCGAAUCCGAUCCACCCGGGAGGCCUAGAAAGCCGAAAUAAACAUUUUGGGGUCUCUCCAUUGCUGCAGCCGACAACAACAGAGCAGCACGUCGCCAGGCCCAUUCUAGAACACAACACCGCAUCGACCGGGCCGCUACACACUGCCUCAUUACCAGAACUGAUCAACGAGAAUGGUGGCGCCGGUGGGGGGAUUGUUGGCGGGUCAAAGCCGACCAGCAGCGGUAUUCCUGUUGCCGAACCCCUUGUAGAAGAUGAUUUUGAUAUCAUAUUACCUAAGGAUACGAACCUUACCGACGAUGACUGCAAUGAGAGUUCAGAGUUAGGCUGGCUGUGUAUUCAGGGUCGGAAAAAAGGAGAAUUCAUGGAAUUGACCCCCUUGAUCCCGCAUUCGCUCAGUUCAGUAGAGCCUCCUAAGGUGCUUAUCAAACCCUCCAAAACAGAAGUGCAGAGGGUUCAACAGCUGAGACGAAAUGUCCGUCGCCGUCGCCGUGAUAUCCAAAAUCAAAAGUUAUUACUACAAGCUAAAGAUAAACAAAUUUCUGCCGAAAUCGAAGAGACCUUUAAACGUCUGCGAGAAUUCGCAGCCGAACGUCAUAAGAACCCUAAGGUUCACGAUUCCAGAUUGGAGCUAGCGUUGAGAUUAUUCUCUGAGUCUCGGUCAGGCCGAGAUGAAUGUGGACCGCUCAAUGAUGAACUAACCUCGCUUGAAGAGGCGCUGGAGUUUGAAGAGAUCCAACUGACACAAGCCGAGGAUAGCCUAUAUGAGGGUUUUGGCAUUUCCCCGAUGGAGUCAGGUGAGGAUCAGGAAGACAACCAUACAAUGAAAGAGCUUCCACUACCACAAUCUUCGCCGAUAUCAGAAAGCGGACAUAACUCAGCAAGCGACAUCGAUGAAGCCAAAAGCGAGAAUGACGAUUCAGACUAUGAUGCAUAUUCUACCGGCAGUUUCGAACAAUAUAGGAAAAAUUAUCACCCCCUUUACAUCGAAUACCAAGAGAAUCGCGGUUCCCAAGACAAUCUGUAUGAGAGGCGUGCGUAUAUCAUGGAGGACAAGGGCAGGCUUGAAGACCAACAAGAAAGUCGCCACCCAUUCGGGCUAACUUUGUUGGAAGACGACCAGAAAUACCUGGAUAGUCUCCCUGAAGUACUUCGUCUACUUGAUAUCGAGAUCGACGGGUAUCGCGUUGAAAUCGAGCAGCUAAGGGCACAGUGCUUGGAGCAAGGAAUUAUUGACGAGGCUGACAACUAUAUGGACGGCGAUCGCGAGGACUCCAACGUCUACGACGACUCCGAUGACUCGGACGACUCCACACCAAUUCCACCACCAUUACCAGCACCAACACCACCCAAACCUGCUUUACCAACACCGCCACCACAAAUAAAUAUAACAUCCCACGCGCCAUCCUCUAUGCCUAUAAGCUGCCAGUCCAUCAUCGUUAGCAACCUCGGCACCCGCCUCGACGACCAAUCCUACCAAAACCGCAUCAACCCCUGGCUCUUCGGCAAACUCGCCGCCUCACGCACCGAACUCACACUACUCGCCACCAUACUGUCAGCCAUGGGCGCUGAGCCCGACAUUGCCUCCCAUCUUGACGUCCUCAAACUGUGGGACCAUGACGGCGCGGGAGCAGAGCCGCCAAAGCGUCCGGAGAACCUAGAUGAAGAGACGCUGAAUAGACUAAGGCGGGUGACGAGGGAGGUCGUGGGGGAUGGGUUUGAUCGCGCCCUUGUUAGUUCACUAUUUGGCCUCUCACUUUGGGGUGGAGAGGCGUAUGGGGGGAGUGACGAGACGACCUACCUCGAUGAUAUUUAACCGCAGUUUAUUAGCGGGACACUGCUGUCUGCGCUCAACAUGGUAUUGGUAUGGGCAACAUCUGUUCCAUCCACCGUGUUUGGAGAACUUCACGAAGCCCUUUCAAAGUAUGCAGCGUUUGUGAUACCCCGUUCUUGACCGUCCGUCCUUGCUUUACUUUCUCGACAUUCCUUCGUCUGCGCUUCUUCGGCUCCUAUCAGGACCGCGUCUUGAUUUUUUAGGCGUUUCUCCUCGACUUCCGGAUUUUGCGCGGGUAAGGCGCUCACCGUGCAUACUAUCGACUUUUAUGUCAUGUCAGCAAGGAGUUGCGCUUUUCAUGUUUUGUUUUUGUUUUAUUUUUUACUCAUGUCAUCAAUUAAUCCUGCGCACCUGAGGUAUCGGUUAUAUUUAUUAUGUUUCUAGACGGACGAAGGCUAUUGUAUCUCUGUAAGGAAGAGAUCUAUCGCGCCUCUGCCUGGGAAGUUAUUGCAUUAUUAUCACUAAGCCAUCUAUUGUUGAAGCGGGCCGGAGAUGUAGAGGCCUGUGGGAAAGAGGUGGUUUAUCUCGAUGCUCUGGGUUAUUCUCUUCUUCUCCUGUGUUACCUAACUAUUUGUUUUUCUUGGUCAUACCCAGAGAAGGCAUGGACAGCAUUAUGGCGUCUAGUUAGUACUGUGUGCAAUAUACAGGCGCCCUGGUCGGCGCUGGAAAAUCAUCGAAUUUGGAUUUGAAUUUUCUG